CUCACCCCAUGCCAAUCCCCCUCUCCACACUUUUUGCCUCCUUUCUCACGCCACACUCGGACGGGACACACAGCCGCGCGAUGGAGUCGGAAGGCAGCCAGAGUAACCUGUCCUCAUCGGACUCUCCCCACGAUCCCUGCAAAAUGUUCAUCGGUGGUCUGAGUUGGCAGACUACGCAAGAGGGUUUGAAAGACUAUUUCUGCAAGUUUGGUGAAGUGAAAGAGAGCAUGGUGAUGAGAGAUCCAGUUACAAAGCGUUCGAGGGGUUUUGGAUUUGUCACAUUUGUUGACCAAGCCGGUGUGGACAAUGUUUUGGCCCAGAACAGACAUGAGCUGGACUCAAAAACUAUUGACCCGAAAGUUGCCUUCCCACGGCGAGCCCAGCCUAAGUUGGUGACUCGGACAAAGAAAAUCUUUGUUGGAGGCCUGUCGGUGAACACAACUAUUGAAGAUGUAAAACAGUACUUUGACCAGUUUGGAAAGGUGGAUGAUGCAAUGCUUAUGUUUGACAAAACAACCAACAGGCACAGAGGGUUUGGAUUUGUGACUUUUGAGAAUGAAGAUGUAGUGGAGAAAGUCUGUGAGAUACACUUCCACGAGAUCAACAGCAAGAUGGUGGAGUGUAAGAAGGCCCAACCCAAGGAAGUGAUGUCACCCACAGGCUCUUCAAGAGGUCGUGCUCGUGUCAUGCCCUACGGGAUGGAUGCCUUCAUGCUUGGCAUAGGAAUGCUAGGUUAUCCAGGGUUCCAGGCAGCAACGUAUGCCGGUCGCAGCUAUACUAGUCUUACACCAGGAUACACAUAUCAGUUUCCUGAAUUCCACUUAGAGAGGACCCCCCUCCUGACAUCACCUCACCCCUCUGAGCUCACAGCCAUUCCUCUAACGGCAUACAACCCCAUGGCGGCCGCCGUAGCAGCAGCAGCUAUGGUUAGAGGCUCCACUCCUCGCUCAGCUGGGUUUUUAGGUACCAGCAGUCCUGGGCCGAUGGCAGACCUGUAUGGAACGGCCAAUCAGGACUCAACAGUCAGCAGCUAUAUCAGUGCUGCAAGUCCUGCACCAAGCACUGGAUUUAGCCACAGCCUUGGGGGCCCUCUGAUUGCUACGGCAUUUACUAAUGGCUACCACUGAUAUGUAAUAUGAGUAAUAGGUACAAUAAGGUUCUUUGUUCCUACGUCUUCCCUAAGUCUUAAGGAAAGAUUUUUAAAGUGUGUUCUGAUUGGUUUCAAUCAGAUAUAAUGGAUGCACUCUAUGUGCCGCAGGGUUUAUUUUUAUUUUCUCAAGCUGUCUUUAAAUGUUUUUUUUUAUCAGAUGGAUCAGCCCUACGCCAGACUCAUACUGAUGUGAUGGCGGCUGCAACACUAUUAAUGUGAUGUGACAUAUUUACUGUCUUAUCAUUCUCAUAUCAACUAACCUCCUCUCUUUUUGCAUCUUUCUGUUUAUGUUUUUCUCUUAGUUGUUUGAGGUUUUGUCUUUUUUGUGAUUACUUUAUAUACAUGCUCCUGCAGGCAUGUUGUAGGUUUGUAAUUGUAGAAACAUCUUUCCACUCUUUAAGAGCAAUAAUCUGUGUCUGAACUAUGGAUCUUUGUAGCGUUGAACUAAGACUAAAUCGGUUUCAGAUGCAUUUGGUACAUUUUUUACAGAAGAAUAUAGUGAUAUCCAAUUGUAUAUUUUGUUAGCUUUGCAACUGGACUUACUACAUUGAUAAUGAAAUAAGUAGUAAUUUUAACAAGAACAUAUUUCUCAGACUUAGAUUCAACCUUGUUUUAGGUUUUUUUGUUUUGUUUUUGUGUAAAAUAUUGUACAUACUGUCUUUUUGAUCUUGGUGAGAUCUGUAUUCCAUUGUGGGAUACAUCUGUCAGUGUGAUUAUGAAUGAGUUUUUUACACUCAAGAACAACAACACCUGAUAGUCUUUGUGUUUAAAAAGUUAUGUAUUUUUCAUGAUUUGAUGAACUUGAACUUGUUUUAUUUUGUUCGUUGUGUUUUUGAUGAAAGAAGGCAAUGUGAAUGAUUCAACUAUUGAAGGAGUGUGUGUGUGUGUGUGUGAACGAGUGAGUAAGUUAGUGAGUGUGUGUGUGUGUGUACGCAGGUUAAAUGCUGGUUGCAAGAGAAUGAGUGCAUGCUGUCAUGAUUGAAUGUAUUAUCUUUAGUAAGAUGAUUUAAAAUGUGAAUUUUAACCCCCCUGUCCCUCAUGUCCAUAAUUUUACAUUACUUUUACCAAGUUUAUAUACAUAACACAGAUGCAUUCAUCUCUUUUAGAGGUUUAAAGUCUUGUAAUAAUUGGAGAAUACAUUUCUUUUCAUUAAAGAUUCACAACUGGUAAAUAUAACACUAAUAUAACAACACUGUUUAUGAAGUAAACAGGAUGACUGUUUAUAAUCAAAAGUAUUAUUGGUUCUUGUUUGAAGCCUGACCCUCUCUGAAAAAAAUUACAAAGUAAACUUGGAAAUUGUGAGGGGAAAAAAACAUAUUUCAAAUAUCAGUGACACUUUAGAAAUUAUACUUGACUUAAAGUUGUAUACAGUGAGUCACAGCACACCAGACGCAAUGCCUUUUUUAUUUACAUCACCUGUUGCUGCACCGCAUAAGAGAUUAUACUCAAAACCACCCACACUCUGUCAUUGAUUCCCUCUUCUGAAAGCAGGCACUGAACACCCCCACAUAUAAAUCUCUAUUCCUAAUGCAUUGGAGGUUUAAAAAAAAAUACAAUGAAACAAAAGAUUUCUAUCAGGGUGAACCACAUCAUACGACUUGUGCAUUAAGUCUCCAAAUGGUGUUGCAUAGGAAAUAACGCAUGCUAGUCUUUUUCGAUACCACACAUUUUGUCUGUUCCAUCAAUAAAUUGUUUA